CAUCGCCCCCAGCGCCAUCGCCCCCACCUGCGUGAGUGCGCCUCAAAAUAAUCCCCAGGAUGUGGUCACGUGUGCGGCUUUGCCAGUAAAGGCCAGAUAAUUCUGUUUUGGGACACAUCAACAGUACACCAACCAACACCACAAUGGGCUUACCACAAGGCUACACCUUCCGCAAGUUGCAGGUCUCCGACUACUCCAACAACUACAUAGAAACGCUCAAGGUGUUGACCACCGUGGGCGAGGUUUCUCAGGCCCGUUUCGAGGAGUUGUUUGCCCAUUGGGACAGUUUGCCCCAGCUCUACCAGCCGCAUGUGAUCACCAAUGAACAGGGAGUGGUUGUUGCCACCGGCAUGCUUCUUGUGGAGAAAAAAAUGAUCCACGAGUGUGGUCUGGUGGGCCACAUUGAAGAUAUUGCCAUCGCCACCUCGGAACAAGGUAAGAAGUUGGGGUACACCAUGAUCACCAACUUGACCCAGAUCGCCGAGGCUGCUGGCUGCUACAAGGUGAUUUUGGACUGUUCUACCCAUAACAUUGGCUUCUACGAGAAGUGUGGCUACACUAACGGGGGAACUCAGAUGGUCAAAAGGGCCUAGUGUAUUAGAUAGAUAUGUGCUAAAAGGAUUAGAAAAAUGUGCCUAAACGUUAGCAAAGGCCCUAGCGUUAAAUUAUGUGCUUGUACCACCCCAAGCUUGGUGGCUAGAAGAUUAGAUUUUCUCAAGUGCCUAAACGUUAGUACCUCUGCUCGAAACGAGUUCCUGGUGGGUCAGAACCUCCUCGUGUCGCUCUCUAUACAUACUUCCAAUGAUACGAUGGAAUUCCCUCUCACAACCUGUUUGUUAGUACAUGUCGUUAGUGUCGUCCACUGGCUCCAUACAUACGAUAGUCCCAAUACUGAGCUUUUCGCCAUCGGCUUGUUCUUCCAAGGCAUCUGCCAAAGUCACGUUCAAAAACACCUGGUGGUUAGUACAUGAUGCUGCGAGUAGGAGUAUCCACACGAGAAGUUGUAGCACCGUCACACACCCGUGGCUCUCUUCUCUAAAAAGUGGUCCCAUACAUACGUCAUAUCCCCUUAAGGUGCCUAUCACCUUUC